AUGGUCUCCGCCGGUAUUUCUGCGUUUGCUGACGCAAAGGGUGACGCUGAUGACAUAAAAACAAAGAACGCGAAACAUGCUCUUGCGAAAUACUUGGGUAUUACCGAUGAUACGUCCGAUGUACACGUGGAUCAAACCAAGGAGGUUCUCGAGGAUGUUCAAUCGUUUAUAUACAAGGAAUUCUCUACUCCAGGAGGCAUGCCGUGGUUGUUUUGCGACAGCUCCUGGCUGGAAGAGAAAUCUAGGACAGAAAAAAUUGAAGAGUGUGAUAAAGAGGUGGAAAAUCAAAACUCCGAGGAAUAUGGAUCGCAAUUGAAAGCAGACGGAAAUUUGGUGCCAUACUGGUCUUCAGACCUUGAUGAGUAUAUUAUAGAUGAUGCCCAUGGAGAAGGAGGUUUAUGCGGUGAUUUGGGCGAACUGGGUGUGACCCAAGGUAUCACGGCGCGAAGGACCGUCACAUUAUGCCCGAGGGCCUUCACAAGAACCGACGUACAGGCUGAUUUCGGUGUCGAUGCUCAAGGCAAAAAGCUUAGCGACGUGCUCUCUAAAAGUGCGACCUUGUUCCAUGAGUUAUUCCACCUGGUUAUUGGCAACGACGCCACUAUAGAUGCGACUUAUAAUCUUGGGACUCUUUUUCAGCAUGUUGGAAAGGGUUACACAGUACCUGCUAAAUCUGAAUGGGACGGUCAACGAGGUGCUUUGAGAAACAGUGGUCGCAAGACCAAUAUUGAGUUGGUUCGCACGAAUCCUGAGACUUGGGUGUUCUUCUGCACCGAUUACUGGUAUACUCUCAACAAGAACUUAUAUUGGGAUACGACGGGAGUAUCCAAGACAGCUUAG